AUGGCAGUAGGACUAUACUCCUCGGCAUAUUAUCUAACGCCUCAUGAUGAAGAUACGCGGUUACUCAGUGUUAGUGCACCGAACACACUCUCGCAAAUUGUAAGCCUUGUGUGUGCGUCGACUGAUACCUAUCGAAGCGACGACAACCACGACAACCCGGACGACUUUUUGCGGGUCAUAUCUGCCUUCCUUCGACUUGUUUGCGUUGCCCGCUGUUGCUCAGAGAAUCGCCGUCAGAAUGCCUUCGGAACAAGGUCACAGACGGGUCGUCACCUGAGCUACCAGCGCUCCAAGCGCGCGGUCAACCCCAACACCAGUCUGAUCCAGAUCGACGGUGUUGACAACACCGAGGCCGCCAACUUCUACUUGGGCAAGAAGGUCGCUUUCGUCUACCGGGCCAAGCGUGAGGUUCGGGGUUCCAACAUCCGGGUGAUCUGGGGCAAGGUCACCCGCUCUCACGGAAACUCCGGUGUCGUCCGCGCUCAGUUCCGCCACAACCUCCCCCCCAAGUCCUUCGGUGCUACUGUCCGCGUCAUGCUCUACCCCUCCAACAUCUAA